CUUCCAAAUUGAAGAGAGAAGGGGAGGAGAUCAAGAGGCGCAAGAGAGUGGUCGGAGAAGAGGAGACACAGCGAGGUUCUUGGAGGAGGAGGGUAUGGCAUUGAAGUUUCUGAACAAGAAUGGAUGGCACACGGGGAGCCUCCGCAACAUCGAGAACGUGUGGAAGGCGGAGCAGAAGCACGAGGCCGAGCAGCGCAAGCUCGAGGAGCUCCGCAAGCAGAUCCAGGAUGAGCGCGAGAAUUCCGAGUUCCUUCUCCUCCAGGGACAGGCUGGGCUUGUUCCGUACGCACCCGUUCCACAUCUUUGGUUUCUUGGUGCUACGGUUAGGGUUUCGCUUGAUUGGCUUGAGAAAAAGAUUUUUCCCCUUCCCGUAUUUGGUUUCUUGGUGUUACGAUUAGGGGUUUCCUUGAUUUUCUUGGGAACGCUUCAAGGACGACCAGCGGUGGCUUCCACUACCUCAGCAUCCGAGGCUAGUUCCUCCAAGACUGCUGUUCAUGGAGCUCUAUUUGAGGAUAAGCCACGGUCAGCAAAUGAUGCCUGGAGGAAACUCCAUUCUGCCCGUUUGCUUCUUAUCCGUCAGCAUGAGCAGGAGGCACUUGCUCGAAUAAGGAAUAAUCCCAUCAAGAUGACCAUGAGUUGUCUGCUCAGAUUCUUUUAUUGGAUGCUAGAAUUUCCAUUACAAAUUAUUCUAUUAGCAUUGAUACUAUUACAAAUACGAAAAUUUUCUAACUGAAUUAGAAUAGUACACGAAACUAAACCAGCCCUCUAAAUUCUCAUUUGAAAAUUUUCUUUCUUCUCUAAGUAAUAUGCUUAUUUUCAGA